UUUGAAAAUAUUUAAGUGUAUUUUUCGGUGUGUUUGUGGAACUACCGUCACUAAUCCUUAACUGUUGGUGAUCAUUAUGACUGAGAGUCGUGUCGGAUUCCUUUAUAAUGCAGCUGAAAAUCUAUCCUUGCAGUGUCAGACGCGGUUACUGAAAAGUUACUAUUUAAUGAGAUGCAAAGAGGUAUCAAAAGGGAGUACUCUUCCGGAGAAAUAUUUUUCCCGUAAAGUGAGGUGUUCCUAUUGCUGCCUUGAAUGGAGUAGUGGUAGUAAAGUGCAAAUAAGAACAAAGAAAAUCUGCAAGAAACAAAAGAAGAAUAUACAGUCUCGAAAUAAAAGGAAUAAUAUUAAUAAAGAAAUAUUUACCAAGGAGUUAGAACAAAUAUGCUCAUUUUGCAAAAAUACUACAGUUGUACCAUUAUCAAGAUCUAACAAGAACAAGACAUGUGUGGCAAAAUCUGUUAUUAAAGAGAAUAUUACAGAAAUAAAAACUACAUCAAAUAAAAUUAAACCUCAAAUAAAAAUUGAAAAGGAAGUGAAGAAAGAAACGCAAAUUAAUGUAUAUGCAAAUGCUAAAGAUAUAUUUUCAUUGAAGAAUGAGAAUAAUAAAUUAACAAAUAUAAUGAAUAAACCACCAAAAAUUAUAAAGAAUAGUAAUAAAAAGAAAAAUAAGUUUGCAGGUCUCUGCGAGAAGGCUGUUUUAGCCUCAGCUAAACUAAAAGACGAACAAAAGAUUAAUAACAGGCUCAAAUUGUUCCUAAAGCCAUCUUCAUAAUCGAAAUUAGAGUCAAGUCCAAAGGAUGAAUUGAUAAUAGCUAAAGUUAAAAUGGAAGUGAAUUAUUUUGUACAUGUUGUAACAAGUCCGCUCAAGAU